AUGGCCGCCGCCACGCCGAACCUUCCCCCAGUCCGGACCCGCCCGCCGACGCCGGAAACCCAAUCCCCCGCCGCGCCACCUCCUCCACCACCACCCGCCGCCGUCGUCUCCCUGCAGCAACCCAGCGGAAAGAAGAGCAACCCAUCCCGGCCCAGGAGGCUCCUCCGCCAGGUCCGGUCGAUAUUCCGGUCCUUCCCCAUCAUAACACCCGCCGCGUGCAAGUUCCCGACCGGCGGCGGCGGCGGCGGAGGGAGCCGGAUCCAGGACGGACACAUCAACGGGACCCGGAUGACGGGGACCCUGUUCGGGCACAAGAGGGCCCGGGUGAACCUGGCGAUCCAAGAGACGCCGAGCUCGCUCCCCGUGGUCCUCCUGGAGCUGGGCCUGCCGACGGGGAAGCUGCUGCAGAGCAUGGGCGGCGGGAUGGUGCGGAUCGCGAUGGAGUGCGAGAAGAGGAGCGGCGGCGACAAGACCCAAGUGAUGGAGGAGCCGAUCUGGACCAUGUUCUGCAACGGGAAGAAGUCCGGGUUCGGGGUGAAGAGGGAGCCGACGGAGGAGGACCUGCGCGUGAUGCGGACGCUCCACGUGGUCUCCAUGGGCGCCGGGGUGAUUCCCGAGGAGGAGGAGGAGGUGGUUCACCCGGAGGGGGAGCUGGCGUACAUGCGGGCGCAUUUCGAGCGGGUGGUCGGGUCGAGGGAUUCCGAGACGUAUUACAUGAUGAACCCGGACGGGAACAGCGGGCCGGAGCUCAGCCUUUUCUUCGUCAGGGUUUGA